AUGGCCAGUGAUGCUUGGGGUGAGGAUGUUUGCUUAUUCCCUUGUCAGACCUUGAGCGCCGGCCAAAUCCAGUUGGAUGGGGAGAUGCUGCAGGGGCGCCAAAUCCAGGUGGACGAACACGUCUUGGAGAUCUACAUGGCGAAGCGGUCAGCUGACGACUUGGAUCCAGAUGAUGUGGGCCUGCGCUUAUGGCCAGGAACCCAUGCCAUGGCCUUCAUUCUGUUGCACCUGGAGCGUUCGGGCUGCCUGAAGCACCGGACCCUGCUGGACAUGGGCUGCGGCACCGGUUUUCUAGGGCUGCUGGCUGCCCGUGCUGGAGCCAAGGUCGUUCUGUCGGACCGUCCGGGGCGAAGCUUGGAGCUCGCGUGGAGGUGA